AUGCCCUACUCUCUCAAAGGCCGAAAUGUGUUGGUGACUGGAGGCAGGGGUUUAGGAGCGCUGCUAUGCGAAAAGUUCGCCGCAGAAGGGUCCAACGUGGUUGUUAACUACGUGAGCAGCAAAGACAGGGCUGAUCAAGUGGCCAACAAAUGCAAAGAAUUGGGAGCCAAGACUGCUGUCAUACAAGCCGACAUUGGUGUUGUCGAAGACACCAUCCGUCUCGUGAAGGAAAGCGUUGAGCAACUAGGAGGCCUUGAUAUCAUUAUCAACAACGCAGGCUGGACCAGGUUUACCAACUUUGGAGAUCUAAAUGACAUGAGUCAUGACGAGUGGAACAAGUGCUGGUCAACCAACGUCAUGUCCCACCUGGUGCUGAUGCAGCAAGCUGUUCCCAUCUUCAACGCGAACCCUGAUGGAGGAGCUUUCAUCAUCUCAUCCUCGAUUGCAGGGGUCAGCCAAGGUGGAAGUAGCAUGGGCUACUCAGUCACCAAGGCAGCAGGACUGCAUUUGAUGAAAUGCCUUGCCACUACGCAGGGUCCGAAGAUCAGGGUCAAUGCCGUACUUCCAGGUCUCCUUCUCACGGAGUGGGGCUUAAAGUACAGUGAAGAGCGCAUCAACACCAUCAAGAACAAUGCUGUUUUGAAACAAGAGGUCUGUAUUCCCCCAGAAGAGGAUGCAUUCAACGGACUGACGUUCUAG